AUGGAGGAGGUGUCCAGAACUGGAGGUACAGCUGGAAUAAAGAAGGUUCAGACCAAACUGUCAGUAAUAAACGGCGGUACAGAAUCAGUGAUGUUACAGAGAAUCAUGCAGGUAAAUACACCUGUACAGGAACAGAGACAGGAGGCUCACGUUCCUCACACCCCAGUGAUGCUGUUAUACUGGCUGUAUCAGGCCAGCAACACACACCAAAAUAAGUUGGGACGAGGAGAGACUGUUAAUGUCAUAUGUAACAUAGUAAAUGGAGGAGGUGUCCAGAACUGGAGCUACAGCUGGAAUAAAGGAGGUUCUGAUGUCUGUAAUGGACAGUAUUACAGAAUCUGGGAUGUUACAGUAGCUGAUGCAGGUAAAUACACCUGUACAGGAACAGAGACAGGAGGAUCACGUUCCUCACACCCCAGUGAUGCUGUUCUACUGACUGUAUCAGCAAAACCCAAACCAACUGUGAGAUUAGAACCUCAGAACUUCAUCUACACUGGAGACACCGUUACUCUGACCUGUGAUCUGAAUCAGUCUACAGGAUGGACUUUCAUCUGGUACAGAAAUGAUCAGGAAGUAAAUCCUCAGAUCUCUGCAGAUAAAAUCACCACCAACAAACUCAGUGAGAAACUUUCUAAUACAGGAACAACAAAGUACAAAUGUAGAGCACAAAGAGUAAACUACUACUACAAUUACAAACACAACUACGACUCAGACUACAGUGAUCCAGUUACUGUUACAGUUGAAGAAAAACCCAAACCAGCUGUGAGAUUAGAACCUCAGAACUUCAUCUACACUGGAGACACCGUUACUCUGACCUGUGAUCUGGAUCAGUCUACAGGAUGGACUUUCAUCUGGUACAGAAAUGAUCAGGAAGUAAAUCCUCAGAUCUCUGCAGAUAAAAUCACCACCAACAAACUCAGUGAGAAACUUUCUAAUACAGGAACAACAGAGUACACAUGUAGAGCACAAAGAUUCACCUACUACUACAGCUACUCACAAUACAGUGAUCCAGUUACUGUUACAGUGGAAGAGAGACCAAAAGCUGCUGUGAUCAUAAAUCCUGAUAAUCACGUGUUUAUAGGAGAGAUUGUUACUCACACAUGUAACAUAGAGAAUGGAGGAGGUGUCCAGAACUGGAGCUACAGCUGGAAUAAAGUAGGUUCAGACCAAACUGUCAGUAAUUAUCAGCAGUACAGAAUCAGUGAUGUUACAGAGAAUCAUGCAGGUAAAUACACCUGUACAGGAACAGAGACAGGAGGCUCACGUUCCUCACACCCCAGUGAUGCUGUUCUACUGACUGUAUCAGAGAGACCAAAAGCUGCUGUGAUCAUAAAUCCUGAUAAUCACGUGUUUAUAGGAGAGACUGUUACUCUCACAUGUAACAUAGAGAAUAGAGGAGGUGUCCAGAACUGGAGCUACAGCUGGAAUAAAGAAGGUUCAGACCAAACUGUCAGUAAUGGUCAGCAGUACAGAAUCAGUGAUGUUACAGAGAAUCAUGCAGGUAAAUACACCUGUACAGGAACAGAGACAGGAGGCUCACGUUCCUCACACCCCAGUGAUGCUGUUCUACUGACUGUAUCAGCAAAACCCAAACCAACUAUGAGAUUAGAACCUCAGAACUUCAUCUACACUGGAGACACCGUUACUCUGACCUGUGAUCUGAAUCAGUCUACAGGAUGGACUUUCAUCUGGUACAGAAAUGAUCAGGAAGUAAAUCCUCAGAUCUCUGCAGCUAAAAUCACCACCAACAAACUCAGUGAGAAACUUUAUUAUACAGGAACAACAAAGUACAAAUGUAGAGCACGAAGAGAAAACUACUACUACAACAAAUACUAUUACGACUCACUGUACAGUGAUCCAGUUACUGUUACAGUGGAAGAGAGACCAAAAGCUGCUGUGAUCAUAAAUCCUGAUAAUCACGUGUUUAUAGGAGAGAUUGUUACUCUCACAUGUAACAUAGAGAAUGGAGGAGGUGUCCAGAACUGGAGCUACAGCUGGAAUAAAGAAGGUUCAGACCAAACUGUCAGUAAUGGUCAGCAGUACAGAAUCAGUGAUGUUACAGAGAAUCAUGCAGGUAAAUACACCUGUACAGGAACAGAGACAGGAGGCUCACAUUCCUCACACCCCAGUGAUGCUGUUCUACUGACUGUAUCAGAGAGACCAAAAGCUGCUGUGAUCAUAAAUCCUGAUAAUCACGUGUUUGUAGGAGAGAUUGUUACUCUCACAUGUAACAUAGUGAAUGGAGGAGAAAAAGCAAAACCUGAACUCACAUCUAACCAUAAAGUAGCUGCACUAGCAGGAAACUUAGUGCUUCUGUACUGUGAACUGAACCCAACUGCUGGAUGGAACUUCUACUGGUACAAACACACACAGAACACUGAGACUGAGACUACAACACACCCCUCCUACACCAUCUACUCAGUUAGUGUCUCUGAUGGAGGCCAGUACUGGUGCAGAGCUGGAAGAGGAAACCCAGUCUAUUACACAGAUUACAGCAAUGCACUCUGGGUAAAUGUUACUGGUGAAUCUUCUUCAGUUUCUCUGAUCAUCAGUCCCAGCAGAACUCAACACUUUACUGAUGAAUCUCUCUCACUGAGCUGUGUGGAUCAGAGUAAAUCUACUGAAUGGAGAGUGAGAAGAUACACUGACCAUCAGGGAGUGUUAGACUGUUCAGCAGUAUCAGGAACAGAUGGAGAAUCUACAUGGAGCAUCAGCUCCCUCAACACAUCCCACACUGGAGUGUACUGGUGUGAAUCUGAAUCUGGAGGCAGCAGUAAUCCUGUCAACAUCAUAGUACAUGGUGGUGAUGUGAUUUUGGAGAGUCCUGUUCAUCCUGUUACUGAAGGAGAAGCUCUGAUUCUACACUGUUUGUAUCGCAAAACUAAACCCUCAAACCUCCGAGCUGAUUUCUUUAAAGAUGGAUCAGUCGUGCAGAACCAGACCAGAGAGAUGAUGAUCCAUCAAGUCUCAAAGUCAGAUGAAGGUUUUUACCACUGUAAAUACCCAGAGGGAGGAGAAUCACCAAAAAGUUGGGUGAUCAUCAGAGUGUGUGUGUCACUCUUGGCCGCUCCACACACACGAGGGAGACCAAAAGCUGCUGUGAUCAUAAAUCCUGAUAAUCACGUGUUUAUAGGAGAGACUGUUACUUUCACAUGUAACAUAGAGAAUGGAGGACGUGUCCAGAACUGGAGGUACAGCUGGAAUAAAGAAGGUUCAGACCAAACUGUCAGUAAUGGACAGCAGUACAGAAUCAGUGAUGUUACAGAGAAUCAUGCAGGUAAAUACACCUGUACAGGAACAGAGACGGGAGGAUCACGUUCCUCACACCCCAGUGAUGCUGUUAUACUGACUGUAUCAGGUGAAUCUUCUUCAGUUUCUCUGAUCAUCAGUCCCAGCAGAACUCAACACUUUACUGAUGAAUCUCUCUCACUGAGCUGUGUGGAUCAGAGUAAAUCUACUGAAUGGAGAGUGAGAAGAUACACUGAUGAUCGAGGAGUGUUAGACUGUUCAGCAGUAUCAGGAACAGAUGGAGAAUCUACAUGCAACAUCAGCUCCCUCAGAACAUCCCACGCUGGAGUGUACUGGUGUGAAUCUGAAUCUGGAGGCAGCAGUAAUCCUGUCAACAUCACAGUACAUGAUGGUGACGUGAUCCUGGAGAGUCCUGUUCAUUCUGUUACUGAAGGAGAAUCUCUGACUCUACACUGUUUAUAUCGCAAAACUAAACCCUCAAACCUCCGAGCUGAUUUCUAUAAAGAUGGAUCAGUCGUGCAGAACCAGACCUCAGGAGAGAUGAUGAUCCAUCACGUCUCAAAGUCAGAUGAAGGUUUCUACCACUGUAAAUACCCAGAGGGAGGAGAAUCACCAAAAAGCUGGGUGAUCAUCAGAGGUGAUAAAGACAGCUUGCUAUCAGUUUCAAAAUCUGUAGCCACUAUUAUAGGAGUUGCUGUAGGAUUAAGUUCAGCUUUGUUGCUGCUGGUACUGAUGAUCUUACUUUGGCGCUACAAGAAGAACAAAGUUUCCUGUGAAAAGAAGCAGGUGGCUACUGCACAAAUGUUGAAGGGUGAUGUGUUAGAUACUGCCAUUGAACUCAGUAAUGUUACUUAUGCUGAAGUUGACCUGAAACCCAAGAAGAAAAGCAAAGAUGCUGUCAAGGACUUCCUGUACUCUGAAAUUACACUGACGAACCUGAAAACUCCCAUUAAAGGUGCUGCUGCUGAACCCAGUGAUACGACUUAUACUGAAAUUGACCUGAAACCCAAGAAGAAACCAAGAAAAAGCGAAGGAAAGAUAAGUGUGGGUGCUGACACUGUGUAUUCAGAACUGAAGUAG